AGUAUCUGUUCAACUCAUUUGCAUCAUGGAGAACCUGGAACAAUUCUGUUUUAUCCCAGUCUUCUUCCCUCUGCUAUUAUUCAUCUUUAUUGUACAGAGAACAUGGAAGAAAUCAAAACCCAACAGCUCUUCUCCAAUGUUAGCCCCAGGGCCAAUGAAGCUACCUAUAAUAGGGAGCAUGCAUCAGCUGCUUGGCUCUCUACCUCAUCAUCGCCUAAGAGAUUUAGCCAAGAAAUAUGGUCCUAUUAUGCACCUCCAGCUAGGCCAAGUUUCCAAUAUUGUCAUUUCGUCACCGGAAGCUGCCAAGGAGGUGAUGAAAACUCAUGACAUUACCUUCGCUCAAAGACCCUUUCUCCCGGCAGCAAGUAUUUUCAUGUAUAAUUUCAAAGACAUCGCAUUUGCGCCGUAUGGAGAUAGUUGGAGGCAGCUGCGAAAGAUUUGCACAAUGGAGCUAUUAAGCACUAGACGUGUUCAAUCAUUCAGAUCAAUCAGGGAAGAAGAGGUGUCAUAUCUCAUCAGAUCCAUUUCUUCCAGUGAAGGUUCGCCUGUCAAUCUCAGUAGGAUGGCUUUUGCUUUGUCCAAUACGAUCAUUUUUAGGACAGCCUUUGGCACGCUUCGCGAGCAGCAGAAUCAGGAUGCUUUCCUACCACUUGUGCAGAAAAUUUUAGAGAUGCUAGAAGGUUUCAGUGUUGCAGAUAUCUUCCCUUCUCUGGCAUUUCUUCAUAGAAUUAGCGGGAUGAGAUCUAAACUCCAGAAGGUGCAUCAAGAAGCAGACUUGAUACUUGAAAACAUAAUAAGUGAACAUAGAGAAAAGAAGGCAGGUGAUUCCAAAGGCGAAGAAGAUGAUAUCGUCACCGUUCUUUUGAAUCUUCAGGAUCAUGGCGACCUUGAAUUCCCCUUAACAACUGACAGCAUCAAGGCAGUCAUGCUGGAUCUGUUCCUUGCUGGAAGUGAGACAUCUUCUACGGCAAUAGAGUGGGCAAUGUCAGAAAUGAUAAAAAAUUCAAGAGUGAUGGAAAAAGCACAAGCAGAGGUAAGACAAGUCUUCAAUGAAAAAGAAAAAAUAGAUGAAACAAGAUUUCAUGAAUUGAAGUACUUAAAAUUAGUUGUCAAGGAAACUUUGAGAUUGCAUCCUCCAGCUCCUUUACUUCUUCCAAGAGAAUGUCGAGAGGCUGUGGAGAUCAGUGGAUACGAAAUACCAAUCAACACCAAAGUCAUUGUCAAUGCCUGGGCUAUUGGAAGGGAUCCAAAUUGUUGGAUUGAUGCAGAGAGAUUCUAUCCAGAGAGGUUUAUAGAUAAUUCAAUUGAUUUCAAGGGGAAGGACUUUGAAUUUAUUCCAUUCGGUGCAGGAAGGAGGAUAUGUCCUGGUAUAGCAUAUGGUAUGGCUGUUCUUGAGCUUUCACUUGCAAAUUUGUUAUACCAUUUUGAUUGGAAACUUCCCAAUGCAAUGGGACCACAUCAUCUAGACAUGUCUGAAAGUUAUGGUGUUACAGCUAGGAGAAAAAUUGGGCUAUGCUUGAUUCCAAUUCCGUAUCAUCCUUGCUAGUUUAAUUAAGUUAAUAAAAUAAACAUAUUGCUAUUGGAAUUUUUGUUUUGGCUAU